UCAAGGCACAUGUACCUUGCACGGCUUGCAGCUUGCAUGACACCACCUGCGGUCUUCCGUCACUAAGGUACCUCUGCCCAUCAGCAAAAACCCUUGGGCCUUUUCAUCUAUUACCCUCUAAUGCAUGGACCUUCGGAGCCAUGAUGCGCCAGCUUCCUCUUCAUCACUUCCAUCCGGACUUCUUCUCCGCUCCUCUCGAACAAACAGCCCUCUCCAUGACUCUCACAGGCCAGCCUUCAAGAUGACGGAACCCCCAUCAGAACAACCGCCGAUGGCGGACACUUACGACGACCAAGAUCACGAGCCGCAUCCGUUUGCGCCAAUCUUCACCCUCGUGAAUAAUGCAUCGACGCGUACAACCCAUCAUCCACAUGUGCGCUACAUCUUCAGCGACGAUGACCCAGACAUCCUAACACAAGCAUUAGCCGAACUUGACGUCGGUGUCGACGGAACCGCCUCCGACCCAGCCUCGUCCAAUAGGGCUAUGGUAUUAGACCUAGCACCCGAUCCUACAGGAGGAUAUAGCGUUGCUUGGGCUUCAAGUUUAUCGCCGUCCUGGGCAGUACUAGAUGCGCAACUUAGCCAAAUAGCAGCACCUUCGUCCGACGCGGAAAGCAAUAGCGGUAAUGGAGGCGGAGAUGGUAGCAGCCGACCUGGUCGCCUUAUGCUAAAAAUUGAAGGCAUAGAAAGCAACAGUCUAGGCUCGGAGGGUGGACUAUCUGGAGAGGCAAGCAGACACGGUUCAGGCAGCGGAAGUGGUAGUGGAAGUGGUCAGCAUGAUCGUGGCCGAGGAGAGAUCGAAGACUAUACAAACUUGGUGGACAAAUUUGAUAGGCAGAUGACCACGCUUCGGAAAAUCGUCGAUGCUAGCGAGGAGAGGCAACGGAAGACGGCCGCGGAUACCUACGCGAUGAUGGAACCCACACAAGAAGUAGCAGGUGGGCUCCAACCGACGGAUUGAAUGCCUUGGAGGAAACCAAUAUUUAUGCAACGCAAAGUCCGAACGAUGCCAUAAGAUUGUCCUUGGGAGGUUUCUUGAAUUUAUUAGAACGGUGACCGGAAUUAAAUUUGCAUCGUUAGCCUUUCAGGGCUACGGAGAAUGAUGAACAGGAUUACAGAACUGCAGAUCGUCGUCUCGAUC